AUGAGUCGACGUAGAACGUGCUCGAGCGUUUCUAUCAAUUCAAACGUACUCAGCUACACCUAUCGACGUUAUCAAAUGAAUCCACCGCCUGUGAGCACGACGUCUCGGAGGUCUGAAGGCCAGCAACGACGUCGUCAACGGGAAAGGCUCGAGCGAGAGCGUUCCGGUCCGGUCUCACACAGUUCUUCGCCGAACCCUGCCUCUACCGCAUCAACAUCGACGAAUCAGUCUACUUCCAGAAGAUCUAGGGCACAACGAUUGUGGAGACUCAGGGAAAGGCAGCAAGAUGAUUCUGUCGAUCAAUCACCUGCACCCCAGCCAACGCCCGACGUCCACUCUGUCCCGCAGCGACGACCUCACAGUCUGGAACCUCCGGGAGCGCGUUCGUUUCGCGCACGGCGACAUCCACCCGCCGCACAGUCACCGAUUGCACUGCGUCCACUGCCGGAGGAUCAACAUCAUCCAAUGGAUCCACCGCCUGUGAACUCUGCGAUCUCUCGGAGCUCUCAAGGUCAGCAAAGACGUCGUCAACGGGAAAGGCUUCAGCGAGAGCGUUCCGUUCCGGUCCCGCACAGUUUUCCGCCCGACCCUGCCUUGCCAAAUCAACAUCGACGAAUCAGUCCACCUCCAGGAGAUCUGGGCAAAAUGAUUGCGUUGGCCAAUCACCUCCACCCCAGCCAACGCCCGAUGUCAACUCUAUCCCGCAGCGACGACCUCACAGUCCGGAAUCUCCGGGAGCGCGUUCAGUUCGCGCACAGCGACAUCCACCCGCCGCAGUCACCGAUUGCACUGCGUCCACUGCCGGAAGGAGCCUACCCUCGACAUGACUUAGGUGCAAUGGACGUUCUGUUUCGGAAGUGUUGCGCCUUCCAUUGGGACUUCGAACGCUUGGGAGGACGGGACACUCCAGUAUUCAGGGCAUGUUGCGACGACGGCAAGGUGGAGCUGCCGAUCAAAAAACCUCCCAACACUUUGCUUGAGUUUCUCACUGGCCAUGGGCAAGGUAUGUUAGGCAUCAUGCCCUUAUUUCUUGGUGCAGUGCAUCUGACGAAAACGCGUUGCAUCGUGUGUACAGUGGAGAAGCUAUUCCGUGAGCGAAUCCUGGCCUUUAACGAAAACCUUGCAAUGGCGUCAUUUGGAACAAGCCAAGAUUACGGAAUCAUCGGCGCUGAUGGACGGCCUUCUUUCUACCUCAGCGGGAAUGUCUAUCAUAGAAUGGGUACGCUAGCUCCAGCACGGGGUAGCAACCCUGUAUUCGCGCAAAUUCUCUUCGGUGCUCCUUCCGAACGAAUCGACGCUCGAAUUAGGUUCAACGGACCCUUAUCGGACGACGAACAGCAAUUGGCCAUCGCAUACCGCCAGAUUCUUCCCCGGUUGGACGAGAUGAUGCUACAAGAAAACAGGAGAGCGCAGCAGUCCCUCACGGCGCGGGAGUUCAUCAAUCAUGAGGAUGCGCACGCAUAUCAGUUGCGUCUUCUUGCACCACGAAAUCGAGACCCCAGGAGGUACAAUUUGCCAACGCAAGACUCGGAACUUCUGGGGUCUCGAUUUCGUGGUGCAAGAAGACGUAACUGA